AUGUCAACGGCAAAAACUAACAUUUCAACUUCGGAGACAGAACAACCAACGGACACGAGCACCACUGUGACUGUACCAGGCACUUACACGUCAACCGACGAUGAGACGAAUAUUUCACCGUCACAAUCCGCCAUUUCCACUUCAGAGACUGAACAACCAACGCACACGUCUGGCUCAGAUACUAUCAUCACUGUCACUGAACCAGGCACUGACACGUCAACGGAUGAGAACAUGAGUAAUUCACCGUCACAAUCCGCCAUUUCUACUUCAGAGACAGAACCACCGACGGACACGUCUGACAGAGAUAGUAGCAUCAGUGUCACUGCAUCAGGCACGGACAUGUCAACCGACGCGAAGACUAGUAUUUCUACGCCACAAACUACUAUUUCCGCUUGGGAGACAGAACAACCCAGUGACACGUUUGUCGGAUAUAGUACGACCACUGUGACUGUACCAGGCACUGGCACGGCAACCGAGGAGAACACGAGUAUGUCAACGGCAAAAACUAACAUUUCAACUUCGGAGACAGAACAACCAACGGACACGUCUGGCUCAGAUACGAGCACCACUGUGACUGUACCAGGCACUGACACGUCAACCGACGAGAACACGAGUAUUCCACCGUCACAAUCCGCCACUUCCACUUCAGAGACAGAACAGCCAACGGACACGAGCACCGCUGUGACUGUACCGGUCACCUACACGUCAACCGACGAUGAGACGAAUAUUUCACCGUCACAAUUAGCCAUUUCCACUUCAGAGACUGAACAACCAACGGACACGUCUG